UCGAUAUUGUCAUCGCUGUUUCUACACCUCUAGCCGACGGGAGGGAUGGAAUAUAACUGUAGUCAUAAUUAAAUUAAUUUUUCCAAUCGCUUUAAUGAAUUUUUUGUAAUCACGAUUUCCCAAACCAAAUGAUUUUGUUAUGGUUGCUUAAACGAGAGAUAUCGUUUUAGUGCAAAACUCAUUCGUCGGGAGUUGACCUUUACGAAGACAAGGGAAAAAAAUAAACAGGAAAAACUCAAGAUGAGCAGGACAUUUUUGGCACAUGCAAUCGGCGCAGUAUCGCUAAUUCUCUUCUGUAAUAUUGGCAUACGCGCCCAGCUGGAAUUAGACCAAAUCCAGACCCAACUUCCAGAUCAGCUUAGCAAGUCGAACUUUAGCCUUAACGAUGCCAAGGAAUUAAUCCGUAACAAAUGCAUCGAGGUGGCCGGCAAAGAGGCGGGUGGAUUGGCGUAUGAUGAGAUUGAAUCCGGAUUUAUGGUCCUCGGUGAAUGCCUAAACGGCAUAGUCAACUAUACGGUAAUAAAGCAGGAAAUCGAGGAGGCCAGCCCAAAAGGCGAGCUCGAUGUGGUGUUCAAUAAAUACUGCAUCAGGCGGUCCCUUGCCGUGGAAUGCGUCAAUGAGUUCUCGUCGAAGGUCGUGCCCUGCAUGGUCGAGGAGGAACGGGAGGGCCAGGAUAUGAUUAAGCGAAUCAUCCAGAGCCUGCUUAACUUCGUGUGUCACAAAGACGGCGACCAGAUAGCCCUCUUCAUCUCCGAGAGGGGUCCCGAGUGCAUUGAGUCGCAGAAGGACAAUAUUCAACAGUGCGUGAACAGCACGUUUUCGGAGUAUCUGAACUUCUCGGAUCUGGAAGACAAUCGGAUCAAGUCGAUCCCCAAGCUAACCGUAGGCCAAAAGCAGUGCGACGAAAUGCUGACCCUCCAAUCCUGCGUGGUCAGCCGACUGGAGCAGUGCGCGGACAUUACUCCGGCCAAUCUCGUCGAGUCCAUGUUCAACUUUAUCAGGAACCAAACAAUGUGCCGCGACAACCAAAAAUCUCCACUGGUCGCUGAAGCUAGCGGAAGCCGAGGGUCCCAACAAAUGCCUCUAAACGUUUUUUAUUAUUUCUGUUUUUAUUUGCUUAUUUUGCGAUUUGUUUUUCAAAAAUCUCCUUAGCUUUAAGAUGCAUAAUUUGUUCUCGAAGAGCAAGCCCUAUAUCUAAACUUUCUUUAAUACUUUAGCUUUCCAACCCAAAGCGAUUAAUCAAAAAGUAAGGCUUUUGCUAAUUAUGUAUCUGUGGAACCGGUGUCCAUGAUUCAACAGCUUUAUCUUGAUGCGCGUGUGAAAGUACCAUUUGAUUUUUUUUUGAGGGCAACUGAUGGUAAUCUCACUAUUUCCUGGUGAGUAGGGUAAAGGGUCUGGCUAGAAGAAAUACUCUACACUAUGUAUUAAUAGUUUUAUAAAUGAAUAUACGUAUCAUUGUUGUAAAAAUAAAGUGAUAGAUUUGAAAAUAAAAAUAUUCUUGUUAAUAA